AUGAGGGUUCUGGUGACUGUGGUGACCUUGUUCUUCCUGGGUGUCCAGGCCCAGAGUGAGUGGAGCUACACAGAGCCUGGGCUCGUAGAGAGCAUCUGGUCUAAGGAGUACCCGGACUGUGGGGGACUGAAGCAGUCACCCAUCAAUCUGCAGACAAAGAAGGUGAAGUUCUUCGAGUGUUUGAAGCCAACGAGUCUGAUCGGCUUCAGGGACGACAAUCUUGAGUUCUCCAUGACUAACAAUGGCCACACAGUGCAGAUCACCCUGCCUCCCUCCAUGCAAAUGACAGACUCUGAAGGCAUCGUCUACAAAGCCAACCAGCUGCACAUGCACUGGGGUGGGGCCUUCCUUGAGCUCAGCGGCUCUGAGCACACCAUCAAUGGGAUCAGGCGCGUGAUAGAGAUUCACAUUGUUCACUUCAACUCUAAGUACAGGACCUAUGAGGAAGCCAAGAGUCAAGCCAAUGGGUUGUCUGUGCUGGCGAUCUUAAUCCAGGUUGAUGAGUUUGCAGAAAACACCUACUACACCCCCAUCACUUCCCAGUUGAUCAACAUCCAGUAUCCAGGACAAACCACGACUCUGACAAACAUUAAAAUUCAAGACUUGUUUCCUGGAGACAUUCGCUACUAUUUCACCUACAAUGGCUCACUGACCACUCCUCCCUGCACAGAGAAUGUCAAGUGGUUCCUGUUUCGAGACACAGUCAAGCUCUCUAAGGCCCAGGUUUUGAAGAUUGAGACUUCUCUUAGGAAUCACCACAACCAGACCCUUCAGAACAUCUACCGUCAGAUUCAGCCCCUCAACCACAGAGCAGUAGAAGCCAAUUUCCCACCCUUUGCUGGUAAAU